AAGGCGAUGCGGGGGGGAAAUUUGCGCGUGACUCACACCCGUGUCGGAGGGUACGUACGGGCGUGCUUUUCUGUAGCAGGGUGUGUGCGUGAGACAACGCGCUGGACAGAGUGGGGUGCGGCCGAGCGCCAUGGAUACGACUUUCUACGAGGACAGUAGCGGAGGCAACAGUGCGCGCCCGCCGACCACGAUGCAUCAGCCAGCGCAGCAGCAGCAACAGCAGCUGUCGAGGCGGGAGGAGUUGAGCUCGCGCAAGCGUAGCAUGACCCUGGACUUGAACAGCGCGGGCCGACCCGAGCGCAAACAGGCCCGCUGUUCGAGUCUGCUCACCUCCCCGGACCUGAACAUGCUCCAGCUGGCUUCGCCCGAGUUGGAGCGGUUGAUCAUCGCCCAGAACGGGCUGGUGACCACGCCGACGCCGACUCCGACCACGCUUUUUUCGCGCACGGCGACCGAGGAACAGGAGCAGUACGCGCGCGGAUUCGUGGACGCGCUCGCUCAGCUACACCAGCAGCAGCAACAGACUCAACAGCAGCCGCCGCAGCUUCAACAGCAAAUCACGUCGGGCCCUGACAUGUCCGACUCGGGCGCCUCGACCUCAAACGACAGUUUCAUCCUACCUUCGUCCUCGGAGCACUCGGCGACGGGCGGAGACGUCAAAGACGAGCCCCAGACGGUGCCGCGGCUCGGAGCUACCCCUCCGCUGUCGCCCAUAGACAUGCGCGACCAAGAGAGGAUCAAGCUGGAACGCAAGAGGCUGAGGAACCGAAUCGCGGCAUCGAAGUGCCGCAAGCGAAAGCUGGAACGCAUCUCGCGGCUCGAAGAGAAAGUGCACGCGCUCAAGACGGAGAACAGCGAGCUGGGGACUGUGGUGAGCGUACUGCGCGACCAGGUGUGCCGGCUCAAGCAGGAGGUGAUGACGCACGUCAAACAGGGCUGUCAGAUCAUGAUGUCGUCGUACGCGCCCUAGGCACAUCGUGUUACGUGUCCCGUCUUCGAUGUGACGCUAAUUGCUAGGCUUGUGCGAAUAUUCGAAAAUUAAAAUUUCAAAUAUAAUGAUUAUGUACGAAAGGACGAAUUGAAUAGCAAUCUAUUUGGUGCGAGUAAUUGUAUUUAAAAUCCCGAGUGUUUAAUAUUUUUUUUUCAAUAAUCUACAACGACGAAAAAUGCUCAAAGACGAGAUUUCAUGUAUAAUUCUUGGCAUGUUUCAAAAAUAGUUGCCUUGCUAUUCGAAUAUUAUUCGAUUCGUAUUCGAUUCUAAAAUUCACUAUUUGUGCACCGCUAGCAGUUCCACUUUGUUGAAACGCGUGCGGACUUGCCCGAACUUGCCUCAAGUGCGUGCGUUAUUGUGUGUGUACAUAGUACAUGGACCCCUCCCUGUGUGAAUCUCUCAACCAUCGUCACCACCCACAACGACUGCCACAAACGGCCACCACCCGGUGAAUAAUACGGACGCCUUAGCGCCGCCAGCUACAACGGUGCUCGUUUCGGGCGUUGUCGUGCCAAUAAAACGCCACUGUGUAUAGAAAAA